AUGUCCCUGUACGCGGACGAGGACCUCUCUGCCGUACAGGAUAUUGACACAAAGACUCUACCUACCAUCCCGCAUGACCCCCUCCAAGCUCUCGCUGCCGCCCUCACUUGUCCGCCCGAAAGUCCAGAACAGGCCGAAGCUCUCAUAGCUGCUGGUCAAAGAUUCGAAGAACAGCCCGAUAGGCUACCCGAGCUAUGUGGACAACUGCUACCUAUGGUCGUGGAUGGUGGAGAGAGUUUGUUGAGGUCUUGGACGCUUGAUAUGGUAGCUUUGGCAGUGGGAAGGAGUGGUUUGAAGGUAGAUGUGAAACUUGCUGUCGCACAAUCCUCUCUCGAUGCUUUGAAUAACAUGUUACUAGGAGGCUCAAUACCAACUAUCAAAGCUGUCAUCCCUAUCUUCAGCACCAUCUAUCCGAUGCUUUUCAGACUUCUGGCUACCACCAGACCACCUCAACAGAUCUAUGACAUCUUCCUAGCCUCCAAAUCGAGAAUCUUGGCUUUUGCUCUGGAUCCGAACAUCCAGCCGAGGAAUGUAGGGAUCAAAGCGAGAGCGUGGAAGUUUCUUCAGAGGGUGUUGUUAGCUGGUACGAGAGCGGCCAGUGCGGACCCAAGACUUCAAAAUAAGGCAGGAGGGAACGACCCAAGUGUUUCAAUGAUCACUCGAGAAAGUCCUCUGAACAUCAUGGAAAUGGAAGAUGAGGCUAAUCUCCUUCGAACACAACUUGUCACUCACAUGUAUUCCUCCGACGACCCUGCAAUCCUUCAACCACUGUUCAAUACACUACCGCUGCUAUGUAAAUCAAGGCCUACCCUCGCUGCUCUACUCGUAUCAUCCAUGACCUCUUGGACACCUGCUGCUCUGGAGGCAGCUGGCAGACCUGCCAUGCAAAUUCGUGCGGUAGAAAAGACUAUGCGCCUUGCGAUGACACAUGUGGUCAGACAACCAUCUCUCACGCAAUUCUCAGCACAAUUGAACGACGCCUUGCUACGACAAAAAUUACGGAUGGACAGUGCGUUUUCACACGAAAAUGUGCAGCGCAAAGCCAAGCGUGAAGCCAUCAAAAGGGGGAUGGUCGUGCCAGUUGCGGAGAGUAGCGAACAAGCUGUCAAGAGGGUCAAAUUGGAGAUACAACCAGGAUCUGGCUCGGGCAAAGGGCCAGAGUUCGACGUGACCACUUUACCCUUGGAGACUGUCAUCGAUGCGGUCAUGGAGGGUUUGGGUCUGGUGACCGAAGCGGUUUUAGAGACCGCUUUCAAGAACGCACGACAAGCACUUUUGGACAAUACAGCCGAUGCUAUGCCCGUCCUUGGCCCUUCUCUUAAUGGCGAGGGUCUCAAAGCAGAGGUCAAAGGCGAAGAACGAGAUGAGAUACUUAAUCCCUUGGAUAUGGAUGUGGACGAUGAAGAUUUUCUGCUGCAACAUGCUCAAGAAGAUCAGGAAAAUGUCACUUUUGCAGACAUUACUCUCCCGCCGCCCGAAAUCGGGAGCAUACCAGAGAUUGAGGAUCUCGUCAAUUUGACUCUAGAGAGGAUCUGGUCAUCUGGUGCCGAACUGGCUUCGUUGCCUGAUCUGGAACCUCAAGACGGGGCGAAGAUUGCGGUUCAACCGAAGGAAAUGUGGAUGUUGCUUCUAGCUAGGCUUGCUACGCGAGGCCCAGACGUGAAACGGAAAGCCAUUGCGGAUUUUGUUUCUGCCAAUUUCUCUGACAGAUCUAAAUUUGCGGCUAUAUGGCUUAACGAAGAAUGGUAUUCCCAAAAACUGAAUGGUUCCGGAGAAUACACAAUCAACCUUGAGACUGUCCUUCAAGCCUGUCUCGCUACCUUGGACGUGAAGGAUAAAUCCCUAUCCAACUUUCUUACCUCCCUUCCUGAGAUUCCACUCUCGGCCGUACACAUGCUCGAAAGAUUGUGUGAAGAUGUCGAACGUAGUGUUCCUGGUCUUCUGGCCCUCCGAGAUUUGGUGGAAACCCGUCCACCCAUCAGAGAUCCAUCCUUACGCACCUUGCUGGAAUUAUGUACUCAUCCGGAACGCAAAACCAGAUUUUUAGCAAUCUCGACAGUCCGUCGUUGGGUUCCGCAUUCUCCCAUGUCAGAUAAAGUGGUUUCGUUCGCCAUGGGAGUAUACAGAAGACUCGUCCCUACUCCGAAAAUACAACAGGGGGAUGACGUCGAGAUGGAAGAUGGUGAACAACCAGAUGAAGAGGUUUAUUCGAAGUUUUUGGUAGAAACAAGUAAAGAGAGUGUACAACAACAUUUAGAAUUAGUGUUUGCUCUUACCAAACGGAGAGAGGAUUUGUUGGAUGAUAUUUUCUCCCUUUAUCCAAAGAUGGAGAGUGAGAUACAGGACGCGGUGGAAGCUGAGAUUUCGAGGUUGGUCCAGAGUAUGGGGGCCACGGAGAAGUUGUUGGAAGUGUUGAGGAACUUCCCUCAGGGAGCGGAGAAAUUGGCAUUGAGAGUAAUGACGAUUUUGUCAGGGGAAGGUUCCAGUCAAGUUUUGGUUACUGUGGUCAAGGGUUUGAUGGUGGAGAGAAAUUUGGAUCCGAGGUUUAUAAUUCCUGUCCUGGGGCAGCUGGACAAGGCGGAGAUAGAGAAACAAAUACCCAGAAUUGUGACGUUGCUAGAAGAACCAGAUACUCGGGAAUUGGUCAAGACGGCAUUCGUCAGCGUUUUGCAGAAGAUGACCCCGGCGGAUCUGCUGGUGGCUCUUCAUUCAGAAGAGACGGGUUUGAAGGUUACUAUCGAGGCCGUUGGUAUCUGCUUCUCCCUUACUACCGUAUUCCGUUCCGACGUCCUUGCUACGGCCCUCCAGCGCAUCUGCGAUCUCUCCAGUCUUCCCGUCAUUUUCCUCCGUACCAUCAUCCAAGCAGUCACGACGUACAAAUCCCUCGUUCCCUUCGUGGCGAAUACUGUUCUCCCGAAACUCGUACUCAAACGCGUGUGGGAGGUGCCUCAAUUAUGGGAUGGCUUCAUGCGCCUUGCUCGUCUGCUUGGACCAGCCAGUUAUGGAGCUUUGGUGCAACUUGGACGGGAUCAACUACGAGAGGUUGUGGAACGUCAGCCUGCACUGAAGACGGGUCUCCGAACAUUUCUGUCCGGUCGACCAGGUGGGAAAGCCGCUUGGGUCGAGAUGUUCGGAGAGGAGUAGACUUAGCUAGUCCCCUUCGUCUACGUCUGCUUACACCAUUACACAUCCAAUCUCAACGUUUAUCAAUCAUACAAUUUUACAGUCACUGUACGUAUAGUCACACGUCCGCAUGCAUGGCACCGGCGCUUCCUCAU